UCGAGAUGUAGCGUCGGUUGUGGUUUAUGAUGUGAUCCCAAUUUGUGCGGUUUUCCUCGUGUUUGGGUGCAUUCCUGCGUAAUGUCAUUAGAUAGGCACAUUACAGAAUGCUUUAAGAUGAAAAAGCCGAAACCAUCGCCGGAAAAAAGCUGUUCGAGCGCCACUACGACUCCGAAAAGACGCGCCGCAAAAAGCAAGCUCGCCUCCUCUGUCCGCGGUUUUUCGACACCGGUUGGAAAAGCUGGCGUAUCGAGACGCGACGCCUCACCGGACCUUCUCGAUCAGAGUUGUUACGAGACGACUGUGGACCUAAACACGAUCGCCGACGACUUGCUGUGCUCUCAAGACGUCGUUGCGGCCGAUGUCAUCUGGGACUGCACUUCGCCGCGAAACAAAGUUUUCAAAGUGAGAAAAAAUGGGGAAUCGGACGUCAAGAAUCUGGUCAAGCAUUUCAGAUCUAAGCCAAAGGAGACGGAGCCAGCUGCUUUGUCGAUAUUGGACAUCAUCGGAACGAGCUACAACCAUACGCCACCUCGAGCCAAACCUGACUGUCCCCGCAAGCAGAGGAACCUGGCAAGCGAUGCUGCGAACGCGCAGGUCAUCAUGGAGGAGAUGCAGAUGCUGUUGGACAUGAUGAAGCAGCCUGGGCCAAGUGGUUCCGGAACAACUUUUGCAAGCCCAAGCCGCUCGAGAGACGUUGAGAAAACCGAGAAGCCCGCCAGGGUCGAAAAAUCUGCCGCGAAGGUGCCGUCGCCGCCGUCGCCGACAAGCGAUGAGAAGUGGGCAGGCGAGGACGACAGCCUGCUGGUUGCGGCGACGCAGGAAAUGGAGAUGACCGCCGAGAUGAGGACACCGUCAAGACUGGUGAAAGUGUCACCGGCGUCGCCUAGCGUUCCCACGGCGGCGUUGCAGACGCCUCCCAACAUCUCAAUGUUUGCAUCGCCAAUGCGGUGCCACCUGAAGCGGGCGUCACCACGGGACCGGUCGAGCCUGCUGCGCAAGUCGCCGAGGCUUCAAGCCCUGUCGCUGAACCGCACAUCUUCUCCGCCGCAGCAGCGGAGCCUCGUUCCCGUCGCGGUGUCCGCUUCAGAACGGGCCCCGGUUCAAUCCCCGGGACCGAUCUUUGACGAGGAUGACGAGGAUGAAGCGCUCUUGGAUCAGAUCUGCAGCACAUACGAACAGCAGCAGGAGUUGGAGAGGAAAAUGGCCGCCAAGUGUCCACCUCCGCGUGCUGACUCUGGAACAGCAGCAACCUCCUCCAGACUCGACAGAGACAAGCCGUCGCCGACCGAGGCCGCCACAACGACUCUUGGACGCAGCGUACACGUUGCAACCUCUGGACUGCCCAUAAAUGAGCCAAAAAGUGCCACAGGCUUUAAACCUUGUGGAGUGACAGCACGAGUAGCGUCAAAGACGGCCGGUUCAGAGGGCGGCGUCACUUUCGGAAGCGGCAAGAAGGGCGCUGUUUCGAGUUCCCUUUCCCCGCAUGGCACGGUGUCUUCAUCUCACAAAGCGAUACCUUACGUGACGCCGUUGAAUUACGCCCACUCUAAGGUCGCCGGCACGGCAAACAACUGCGGAGUCUCGAAGAGUGCCGACGCGUCCUCAAGCCACAAACGACCGCCGACUCUCCUGCCCGGGGCUCGCAACGGGAAGCACAUCUCCAGCGUGGUCAGCAGCGGCUCCAACUCUUGGGUCGUCAGCACUACUGCGACGGGACGUUCUGCCGUCAGCAACGGAAGCGGGACGUUGGUCGUCUUGCCGAGCGUCGCACAACCUUCGUCCUCGAGGAACUCGGCUUGGGCAGUGGCGACGGCGACAACCCGAAGCCCGCCAACUGUACCCAAGUCGAAGUCGCCCUUCAGAACCCAGGCGAGGAUGCAGCUUUCAAGGGCCAAGACAACCAACACGGCAGAUGCGAGUAUAGACUUCGGAGACGACGACGACGACACGGACUUCGCGACGCCUGACGUCGUGUCCUGGCUGGAGAAAGUGGAGUCCCAGCGUGCUCCGAGCCAGAAAUGCACCCCAGAGGAAAUCGCCAAGAAGAGAGAGGAGGCCCUGCGUCGCCGACAACUCAAGGCCGCCCAAGCCAAGCACCAGUGGAGGGGACGUCUGCGGCCGUCCAGGUGACUGCAAUGGCUGAAGCUGACGGAAGUCGUGAACUGAAGCUACGUUGUGCGCAUUUCAGGAGACAUUAGGAAACACGCUCACAAACAUGUCGCAAGAAUCGUGUGGGUGUGACUUUGCCUCGUUUGUUCAGGUGAUUGGGCCUUUGUCAGUGAGGUGUCUGGAAUGCCAGAGGCUGGCAUAGUACUUUAGACAGUCGGGCUGUGGACAGUCGACAUAGGAGCAUCAACUUCUGAUGUUGUAACAGUUAAGCAUCCUCCAGGGAGACAGUGUGGGUGUUAUUGCUGCGUUACUGUGCAAAGAUAUAUCAAGAUGCGUGUUUGGCGGGGUACCGGACAGCUAAAAGCAGCCUUCUGGAAAGCUUUCAGCUUGUGUCGCGACGGUUGAUCACAUACCUGAUCUGAUGUUGUCGAACCAGACUGUACUGUGUGUUUGUGUGUGUGCAUAAGAUCACUGGGACACUUGUGUUUACACACCUUUAUCUUGUAAUGCAAGUGAAGCCUUUAGUUCACUGACAUGUUUGUUCCUCAAUGCAAAAAGCAUGCAAAAAAUUUGGUUGAUUUUUUUUUAUAAUUGUGUUUGCAUUAGCUGGAUGAAGUUGAGAUAUUUCCGUGUCUGUGCUUAAUUAGGUGAAAUAAAAGCCGUAGAAAUGUUU